CUACAGUUAAGCAAAUUAACAAAUUUCUAAGUGAAGUAUAGUUAUUGAGCUUGAAAAUACUUGAUCAUAUGAAAUAAUUUGUCCUGGAUCCUGUCGAAGAAAAAUUCAACAAGAUGACGAUUGGACGAACGAAUCAUCCUUACGUUGAAGAAGUUGUCCCAGAGGGAAGGCGUCUGAGAAUGAAGGAUUGGCUUAAAAGUCGUAUUGGAAAUCCAAGAUACCCCGGAUUAGUUUGGUUAGAUGAGGAGAAAAAAAUAUUUCGUAUACCAUGGAAACAUGCAGCACUGCAUGGGUGGGACCAAAACUGCGAUGGAGCUCUUUUCCGUGACUGGGCAGAACAUACAGGUGCCUGCAAUAAAAACACACAUCCGAAGCAACUGAAAGCAACCUUCCGCUGUGCUUUACAUUCAUUACCAGAUGUUCACGAAGAACGAAACUUGGCGAAAAAAAGAGGAGAUGACGCAUGUCGAGUUUUUAAGAUGGAACCUACAUCUUAUGUGACCAAUAAUAAACGAAGACAUAUCAGGAUACGAAAUCACAAAGAAAGAAAAUCGAAUAUUAAACAACAACAGCAAAAAGGGGAAUGUUUUGAACAAUAUCACCUCCCAGUGCAUAUGCAACCAAAUUCAAUGCCGUUUUCGACUUGGAAUGAAUCUCCCUACCUGCCUGGCGAAUAUCAGACAUGCAACUACAAUAAUAAUUUUCUAUACCCCGAAUCAGAAAACGGAGACACUAUUGCAUUCAGAAGCCCUGACCAUUUUUCUGUUUCACCCAGGCGUUGGACGACGCAGAGCAACCCAGAUAUCACUACACGUGGGUUAUUACCACCACAAAUUGAAGUGAGCCACGAUUUCCAACCUUCAUAUGAUAUCUCAGUCAUGUCUCAAAUGCAGCACUCUCAAUCCGUACCUGAAAUAUCACAACAGACACACUUUUCAGGUUGUCAGAACAUGCGUGGAAUGCAAACAUUACCUGUGUGUUCUAGUCCAUUACAAGUAUAUCAGCAUUCCAAUCCAAAAAAUGAAAUUUCUGGGCAAAAUGAAAUUUCUUAUUACCAAAGCACAAAUAUGGGACCGAUGUCACCAGGAGUGAUAUCAACUUCUUCUCACACCCCAAUGGUCUCCUCACCAACUUCGUUUUCCUCUGUCCAAGCCGUUGGGAUUCACAGUAUGUCAUCACCAAAUCGUGGGUCAGACACGAUAGCCCAAGCUGUGGCAUCGGCCUCCGCAGUAAUUGAAAGUUACCAAGCCCCAAAUCAGUUUUCCAAUUGUCCGUCAUACCCUACACCCAAUAUGUUUAGAGAAGAACGACUCAUCAACCCUGUGGACGCAAUAUUGGCGUCAGGGGCGGUUCGAGUUUCUGAAGACAGACCGACUGAUAUACUAAGAACCUCUCAUCAAGCCGUCUCUAAUUUACCGACCACAAUGAUGUCUGAAAUCAAUUUGAGUUUCAAAGAAUAUCAACAAACGCCUAACAAGAUUUCUUCAUUGGAAAACCAGAUUGCCGGGAUGUGUCAACCGACCACAUUUAUGAUCGACCAGUCUGGCAACCAACAGAUGCUGAAUGGCGUAGCACAAGGUGGACUUUCCCCUCACCAAAGCGAAUAUAUUGAAGGUUGCGAUCCGACGGGUCAAUUUAUAACAGAAAACCAAUCAGCAGAUAACACAUCUUCAGAAUGGAUGUCAUCACCCCAGCACGAAUCGAUACUUCCUUCGGCAUCUACUCUUCUGUCGUCGUCAAGCUCUCCUACAUCGGCAACAUCGCCUUUGCAGUGGAUUUCUUCAAAUGAAAAGUCAAUUGCGUCCCCUUCCGCAAACUUUUUCGAUGAUAUCCAAUACGAUGCGUUGUCCACAGCAUCUCCGACUUAUACUUAUGACAAUAUGGCAACAGCGAGUACACAAUACAAUGACAAUCUAAGUGCUAGUUUUACUACUGUAUCGACUACUACACAACAUCACCUUUCAACUUCAAUGUAUGGAGGAUACGCUAGUCAAUGAACUUGAGAAAAGACACUCAGAAUAGUAUAUAAGAUGCACAAUCGAAAAUCGAACUGCAUUUGUAUACGAAUUUAUGGUGUGUUGAAUUUGUGCUGCUGUGUUUCAAUUGAUAAAUGGCCCAGCGCCAUAUGCACAAUAUAAUCUUUUACUAUGUUGCCUUUAAAUCCGUGGCCUUCUUUUUAUUUCUAUAUUUAUAACUUAUUUAUACCUUCUUCAGCUUAAUACUAAGUUCAUUUUAAUCUGUUAGUAUUUUUUAUUUUUUGUCUUAUUCAGUGUGACGAGGCGUUAAUAAUGGAGCCGAUAAAAGCCGUCCAUCUUGUCACACUUUGCUUGUGAGUUGUAAUGCUUUUCUUGCGAAAUAUUUUGCUAAUAAAAUUUUCCAAUAAUUUUCAAGUA